AACGUCGCCAGAGAGGCUGUCAGGGAGGGUUCGUUGCAGCACCCGGCAGGGCCGUCGUGGUCGCCUGUGGGCUUCCUGCCCUUGGAGCUUUCCGUUGCUGUCAGCCCUCAUGGCCUUUGCGCCCAUGGGGCCUGAGGCCUCGUUCUUCGAGGUUUUGGACCAGCACAGGGCUUCCCUGCUGGCCGCCCUGAGGAGAGGCGGUGGGGAGCCUGCGGGCAGGGGGACGCGCCUGGCCUCGAGUUCUGAGGUUCUUGGAUCUAUAGAAAGUGUUAUCCAGGGCAUCAUCACAAGCGUGGCAAGGAAUGAAGCACCUGCAUUCACCAUAGACAACAGAUCAAGCUGGGAAAAUAUAAAGUUUGAAGAUUCUGUGGGUCUUCAGAUGGCAUCUCAUUGUACCACGAGAAAAAUCAAAAGCGAUUCACUAAAAUCAGUUAAAAAAUUUGCCCUAAUUCUUAAAAUAUUGUCAAUGAUUUAUAAAUUAGUACAGAGCAACACUUAUGCAACCAAAAGAGACAUAUAUUAUACUGACAGCCAACUCUUCGGUAACCAGACUGUCGUGGACAAUAUUAUCAAUGACAUUUCUUGUAUGUUAAAAAUGCCAAGGAUAAGUCUACAUAUAUUAUCUACAUCAAAAGGUUUAAUCGCUGGCAACUUAAGGUAUCUGGAGGAAGACGGCACCAGAGUGCACUGUACCUGUGGUUCCACAGCUGUUGCUGUGCCAUCUAAUAUUCAAGGAAUUCGAAAUUUAAUUACAGAUGCAAAAUUUCUAUUAAUUGUAGAAAAAGAUGCUACAUUUCAGCGACUCCUGGAUGACAGCUUUUGCAACAGAAUGUCCCCAUGCAUCAUGGUUACGGGAAAGGGGGUACCUGACCUGAACACAAGACUUUUGGUCAAGAAGCUGUGGGAUACAUUUCAUAUUCCUGUUUUCGCUCUUGUCGACGCCGAUCCACACGGCAUAGAAAUAAUGUGCAUCUACAAGUAUGGAUCUAUGGCGAUGUCUUUUGAGGCCCAUAAUCUCACAGUUCCAGCUAUUAGGUGGCUUGGUCUCCUCCCUUCUGAUAUUAAACGGUUAAAUAUACCUAGAGAUACUUUAAUUCCGCUGACAAAACAGGACCAGAUGAAACUUGAAAGUGUCCUGAAAAGACCUUAUGUUACUUGCCAACCAUUUUGGAGAAAAGAAAUGGAGAUAAUGGCAGACUCUAAACUGAAGGCAGAAAUUCAAGCUUUGACCUUCCUAUCAUCAGAUUAUCUUUCCAGAGUGUACCUACCCAACAAAUUAAAAUUUGGAGGAUGGAUAUAAAAAUAUAUCAGAAAAUGAAAGAAGAUGGAAUUGGGAGGGAGACAAACU